AUGACGUUUUAUGGCAUCGAUUUCGGACAACUUUGGAAAUGUAUUAAGUCAACGCUGAACAUGCCUUCACUUCGUGAUUUACUAUUGGCCAUGAUAAAUGAACGAAAUAAAAAUCGAUCACACGAAGAUGACGAUUAUGUGAUGGUCCAACAAAUCAAUUCAAAUUGGCCAAAAAUAUUUGAAACUUAUUUUCUUUCAUCCACAACGCGUUUGCCGCAAUCAGGAGUCGAUGAUGAUUUGAUAUUUUAUGUAACACGAAAACUGCAAAAUGAUUUUCAACAUCCAUUCCACUUAGUCGAAGUUUUUCGCUAUCACGAUUCAAAACGUUUACCGAAUUUGAAUGAUGUAAACUACGAUUGGGAAGAAACAUCAAAUUUGAAUCUUGUUUUACAUCAAUUUGAAUAUACGGUAACAUGCGCCGUUUGUACAAAGACAAGCAACAAACAUUUACAAAUACUAAAACGUCUAUCUACAACAUUUUUUGAAAUGGUUGUGAACGAAGGUCAAAUGGUUUGUGUUGAAUUACUUGCGACAAAUCCAGCUUUAAGUCAACCACGUGUUCUGUUUCUUGGAUCAAUUAAAUAUGAAGCAUUAAAAAAAGUUUAUGAAACAAGAGCGACAACAUCUACACGUGUUGCUCAACGAAUGUCAUUCGGUAUCUAUUCAAAAAGGCGUGUAGAAUUUGUUCGCAUGCGUGGUCCAAAUGGAAAAGGACAUGCAGAGAUGGCUGUUAGUCGAUGUCGAACAAUGCAGUCCGGAUUAACCACUCCUGAUUCGAUGCCAUCAACUCCAAUGUCUACAAGUUUCGACGAGGAGGGUUUUAAUCAGCGAGGAUCAAGCGCUGGUUUGAAUCGUUGGAUGCCAGCUAAUUUUAAACAAUCGCAAUCAACUGCCACAACUCCCAUAGUCGAAUCGGCUGAUAUUCACCAGGAAUUGACUGAUGGUACAAGCAGUUUUAUUGGACGUACAUUCAGUAAUGCUAUGAGUUGGGUACGAGGUAGUUCUCGAUUACAACAGCCAAUUGGUUUGCAACUGAACACAUGUUUAACUUAUAUCACACUACCGUGUCAAAUAAUCGUCAAAGAUUAUCCAUUAUUUCAUUCGCCUAAAUCUAAUGUAAUCAAUGAUGUUGAUCGUACCUACUUCGAAAGUUAUGAUAAUUUUCAAGUUCAUGAGCUGAUGUUAAGAGAUCGAGCGCGAGUAUCAGCAUACUAUGAUGCUAUGAUGAAAAAUAAACAUUUAUUCCAAGAUAAAAUUGUUCUAGACGUCGGUUCAGGCACAGGUAUUUUAUCAAUGUUUGCAGCAAAAGCGGGAGCAAAACGAGUGUAUGGUGUAGAUGCUUGUCCAAACAUAUGUAAGAUCGCAAAUGAACUUGUUAAAUAUAAUCGUUUGCAAGAUGUUGUACAAAUAAUUAAUAAACAAAUAGAACAUGUAGAAUUAGAUGAUUAUGUCGAUAUUAUCAUUUCAGAAUGGAUGGGUUUUUAUCUUCUUCACGAAUCCAUGGUGGAAUCAAUUAUCUAUGCUCGCGAUAAUUUUCUUCGUCCACCUCCAUCUCCUGAUAUCGUUGACGAUGACGAUGAAGGAAACUUAAAACAGAGUGGAAUCAUAUUUCCUUCUCAUGCAUAUUUAUAUUGUGCUCCGUUUGUUGAUGAUAAGGUUCGUUGUGAAAAACAAACAAUGUGGAUGGAUUAUUUCGAUUUGGAUUUAAAACCAUUAUUAAAAUAUAUACCAAAUUCUUCGUUAACUGAAUGUGUUAUUCAAACAAUCGAAACUCAACAGUUAGUACAUGAUCAACAACUAAUUUAUUCAAUUGAUUUAAAAACUAUUAAACAUGAUGAUAUUAAACAAAUUAAGUCGUAUUGUGAAUAUUAUAUAGAAGAAGAUUGUAUUAUAUCGGGAUUUGCAUUUUGGUUUGACUGUUAUUUUUCAUCAAAUAAUUCCAAUAUAUUACAUUCAGUUGUUUUAAGUACAUCACCUUCUGCACAAAAAACUCAUUGGCAACAAACAUUAGUAUUUUUAAAAGAGAAUAUCUAUCCGGUCAAUGGUGAUGUUAUACCAGUGCAUGUUAAAUUAAAACAAGAAAAACAAAAUCAUCGACAUUAUAAACUUAGUCUCGUAUUGAAAGAAAUUAAGAAUACUAAAAAAUAUAGCAAAGAUGAUGAUUCAACAAGUGCUGCGAGUAUUAGUGGAAACAUGUCAGAUACGAAAAAAAAACGAAGAGGGCGACGAAGAAGACGAUCAUCGACGAUAUCUUUAACAAAACGUGUAACAAUAAUUAAAACAACUACUUCUUCUGCAAGUGACAGUAACGCCGAUGACAAAGAACAAACAACAACUAGUAGUAGUACAAGCACAAGUAGUGAUGAAGAUAAUACGCAAACAGAUACUCAUCCAAUACCAUGCCAAUGUGAUAGAGUACGAUGUAAAUUAAUUAAAGCAAUUAUUGAUAAAUAUGAAGAGGAAAAUAUUUUAGAAUAA